AAUCGCUAUAAAAGGAGGAAGAGGACAAGAAGCAGCAGGAGAAGAAGAAGAAGAAGAAGAAGAAGAGGCUCUCUAUAUUCCGACAAGCUGGCGAACCGUUGGUGGUCUGGCCACUUGGGCCUCCCUGGAGACGAACCGGCCUCCAGCUCCCCUGGUCCCAGGAGCCAGGAGACACCCCCGCCGAACGAAGCCGAUCCUCGUGGCAGCGCUGCUGUUCCUAACGACGACGAGGAGAGGGACAACAGCAGUGAGCCAAAGGAGGGCGCCAUCGUCUCCGGCACCCGCCGGCCCCGUGGCCGGCCCCCAGGUUCCAAGAACAAGCCCAAGCCCCCCAUCUUCGUCACCCGGGACAGCCCCAACGCGCUCCGCAGUCAUGUCAUGGAGGUCGCAGGUGGUGCAGACGUCGCGGACGCCAUCGCCCACUUCUCUCGCCGCCGCCAGCGAGGCGUCUGCGUCCUCAGCGGCGCCGGCACCGUCGCCAACGUAGCGCUCCGCCAGCCAGCAGCUCCGGGCGCGGUGGUCGCCCUCCACGGCCGGUUCGAGAUCCUGUCCCUCACCGGCACGUUCCUGCCCGGCCCUUCGCCGCCUGGGUCCACCGGGCUGACCGUGUACCUGGCCGGCGGGCAAGGGCAGGUGGUGGGGGGCAGCGUGGUGGGCUCCCUAAUCGCUGCAGGGCCCGUGAUGGUGGUCGCCUCGACGUUCGCGAACGCAACCUACGAGAGGUUGCCAUUAGAGGGAGGGGAUCACGAGGAGGAGGGGGGUCCAGGGGAAGGAGGGCCAGGGCCCCUGCCGGGGGAAUCGGUGCCGGGGAUGGCCGGAGGUGGAGGUCCGGGGGGCCUUCCGGACCCGUCGGCUCUGCCCAUGUUUAAUCUGCCGCCGAAUUUGGCACUCGGCGGUGCGCAGUUGGGCCACGACGCCUUCGCAUGGGCUCAUGCGCGGCCGCCGUACUAAGCGAAGGAGACGACACCGAUAAGGGAGGAAGCAUAAAAUAUCAGAGGAGGAAUUCGAGCAGUCAUGGCCAUGAACACAAGUAGAAGGAUGGAGUGCGCAGGGUGAGCUCUUAUUUACGUUCUCAUAAGAAAUAGACUAUAGAUGUGGUAUUAAUGAUUGAUCGAUGACUUUUUAGUAGUUUACCUUGUACUCUUAACAAAGGUUACAUGCAGCACAUUGAUGUUGUCAUGAUGAUUUAGAGGUUUUGUUUUGAUGGAGGGGAGUGUAGGGGACGUCAAGAAAACUUCCAAAAGCAUCAAUUAUGUUGUUAAUCAUCCUGAUCUAAUUUCUGCUCCCUAUUGGAAAUUUGCUUUUGUUACAAAGAAUAGAUAUGUAACAUCUAUCUUAAACUAGAAAGGCGAGAACUACAAAAGAUAUUCAGGUACAUGCAAA